AUGGAACCUCUUAUCAAAACCAAGCCUGAAGCUCUGAUGAAGUACAAGAGGGAACCGUCAGCUAGGAACCUCGCUGCUCUGAGAAGUGGCAGAAACAAUGCUCAGAGAACUGCACGUCACUGCGCCAACCAGUACUGGCUGAACUUGUGUCGCAGCAUUCAAGAGGCUGCUGACAGAGGGAACACACGUGGAGUCUAUGAAGGGAUGAGGAAAGCCUUCGGACCUACUGCGAGGAAAACAGCUCCCCUGAAGUCAUCCUCUGGUGAGACCAUCAUCGACCACAGCAAACAGAUGGAAUGGUGGGCAGAGCAUUACCAAGACCUCUACCUGAGAGAGAACGUCGUCACAGAGACGGCCAUCAACAGCAUCCCCAGUCUGCCCGUCAUAGAGGAGCUUGACAACUCGCCAACAGAGGAGGAGCUCAGCAAGGCCAUUGACUCCCUCGCUCAUAGCAAGGCUCCUGGAAACGAUGGCAUCCAGGCAGAGGUGUUGCAGUGUGCUAAGCCCACUCUAUUACACCACCUCCACGAGCUCCUGUGUCAGUGCUGGGAGGAAGGCUCCAUACCCCAUGACAUACGCAAUGCAAACAUCAUGACCAUCUACAAGAACAAGGGAGAUCGCAGCGACUGCAACAACUACAGAGGUAUUUCGCUGCUCAGCAUCAUGGGGAAGGCAUUUGCUCGUGUUGCACUGAAAAGGUUGCAGCAGCUCGCUGAUCGAGUAUACCCGGAGUCCCAGUGCGGUUUCAGAGCACAGAGGUCCACCAUCGACAUGAUCUUCACAGGGAGACAGCUGCAAGAGAAGUGUCGGGAACAGAAACAGGCCCUCUACAUCGCCUUUAUCGAUCUGACCAAGGCUUUUGAUUCGAGCGGAGUGAAACAGGGAUGCGUCCUUGCUGCCACACUCUUUGGCAUCUUCUUCUCGCUGCUGCUCUCGUCAGCUUUCAAUUCUGAGGAGGAUGGGGUCUACCUCCAUACACGGUCAGACAGCAAACUUUUCAACCUUGCUUGUUUGCAAGCUAAGACCAAAGUCCAUCAGCUGCUGCCACGUGAGAUGCUGUUUGCUGAUGAUGCUGCUCUGGCCUCUCACUCAGAGGCAGGUCUACAGAGACUUAUUACCUGCCUUGCACACACCUGCAGCGAGUUCGGCUUGACCAUCAGUUUGAAGAAAACAAAUGUGAUGGGUCAGGAUGUCAGCCAAGCGCCCAGCAUCGGCAUAGGUGACCACACCCUGGAAGUGGUUGAGGAGUUCACUUUUCUUGGCUCAACAAUUGCCAGCAACUUGUCCUUGAAUGCUGAGAUCAGCAAGCGCAUUGGCAGAGCAGCCUCCACCAUGGCACGCCUGUCAACGAGGGUGUGGGAAAACAGCAAACUCACUGUCAACACCAAGAUUUCGGUGUAUAACACCUGCGUGUUGAGUACACUACUGUAUGGCAGCGAAACCUGGACAGCGUAUGCCAGACAGGAACGGCGCCUCAACAGUUUCCACCAGCGUUGCCUGCAGCACAUCUUGGGCAUCUCCUGGCAGGACAGAGUACCAAACACUGAGGUGCUUGAGAAGGCACCCAAAGCAUGUUUGCGAUGCUGUCCCAGAGACGUCUGA